AUGCUCGCUGCCAGCAACCACUCGCCCGUCAAUGCUUUGCACAUGUGCAUGGUGCUGCAGCUGCUGCCAGUGAAACGCCCGAAUGGCUGCAGCCAGGGCAGGGACCCGGGGACAUCUGGGCUGUCCCUGCUGCUGCUCCUCUGCCGGGGAGGGACCCUGGGCUGUGCCUCGGUGGCCAUGGGCUCAUCUGUUGUGCCCCUGGGCUCGACCAUCACAGCAUCCUGCACCAUCAGGAGCAAGCUCUGCCGCGGCUUGGAGCAGGGGAAAGUCCAGAUCACCUGGAUGCUGGACAACGAGCCCAUGGCCGGGAGCCAGCACCAGGGCCCGGGGGGCACAGAAGUGUCCAACCUCACCCUGCCCCGGUUCAACCGCACGCAGGCCAAGCUGUGGUGCUGGGUGGAGUGGAACAGGACCAAGCAGCGCGUCGGCAUGGCUGAGAUCAGGGCGGGCUGUAAGUCAGCUGCUGCCACGGGUCACCCGCGUGUGCACACGCGCACUCGACAGAGGUGCAACCUGGCGCCGGGGUUCGCACGUCUCCUCCCCAAGACGCGUGUCUGCCCCGGGCGAGCCAGGCAGAGCCGCUGGGGCGGGGGGCGCAGCCGGGGGUUUUGGAGCGGUUUCACCCCAUCCUCGCCUAGGGGUCCGGGCAGGCCAGCGCCCCGCCUGCAGCUCGUGGUGUUCACAAUGGCCCCGUGCGAGGCCACGGCCCUGCGCGCCGCCCGCCGCAGCACCUCUCCAGCUUUCUCCCUGGCUCUUCCUCCAGCCAAGCUGGACCCCCCGGCCCUGCAGAGCAUCCAGUCCAUCCCCUUCCAGACCGACUGCAUUGCCCUGGCCUGGGAGGUGGCGCGGAGCAAUGCGCACAUGGAGCUGCAGUGCGAGCUGCGCUACCGGGCACCUGAGGACCCCGCCUGGGCUCUGGUCACCGGCAUCGUCGGCCAGGCUGGCCCCACCCAGUGCUGUGGCUUCCUCUUCGGCGUGCAGUACCACUUCCAGAUGCGGUGCCGGCGGAGCUCAGCGCGGGGCUACUGGAGCGAGUGGAGCCUGGGCAGGAACUACACCACCCACGAGAAAGCCCCCACGGGGAAGCUGGACGCCUGGUGGAGCGCUCGGCCGGCCGGGGCAGGCGGGUGGCUGGAGGUGCAGCUGCGCUGGAAGGCCAACUUCUCCGCCCCGGCGGGGACCAGGAGGGUCUAUCUGUCAGCCUACAACGCCGCUGGCGAGUCGGCAGCGACCGAGGUCAUCCUCCUGGAGAGGAAAGGUCAGCCCCUGGCCAGGCUCCAGGCCGUGCCCGGGGGCGAGCACAGCUUCUGGGUGCGCUGGGAGGCCCCGCCGGCCCCGGUGGCUGCCUACGUGCUGGAGUGGGAGCGGUUCUGCACAGCACCCGGUCGCUUGUCCUGCUCCGUUUCAGCACCCUCCUAUGCCCCGAAGCUCCACCUGAAGAGCAUCAGCAAGUCGGAUGCCGAGCUGUGCUGGGACCCGGUGCCAGUUGAGGUGCGGAACGGCUUUAUCACCAGCUACACCAUCUUCUGGGCCAACAGUCAAAAGCCGGCUCGGUUCAGGCUGCUGAUGAAUAUUCUCAUCUGUACCGAGCUGUGCCGCUCCGAGGUUGCCUCUGGGUCUCGCUGCCUCUGUGCUCCUCCACUGGAGUAG